AUUUUUGUUGCGGUUUCUAAAAGUGAUUUGGUGUUUUUUAUGCUUUACGAGGAAAUCAUAAAUAACGGUUGUAAAAAUUUUACAAUGCGAGAGAGUAUAACUUCUGCAUUUAAAAUGUUCAAAGUUUUAUACUACUUGCUAUUUACUGUAGUAGCGGCAGGCGAUAACGAAAAUAAACAAAUUAAUUUACGAGUAAAAAAUGUAGCAAAUAAAUUCAUUAGCUCGCUCGGGAAGGACAAUGAAAGGAUCAAAGAAUUAAAAGAUAAGAUUGAAAAGAUUAACCUUUACGUGAUCGACAAAGAUAAGUAUGCAGAAUAUUUAACUAACGAAGUAAAGAGUACCGAUUUAAAUAGCACGUCAUUUUUCAACUCUUUGAAUGAACCUAAUGACUUCAAUUUUCUAACAAAUAAUGAGUCGAAGAGUUUGUAUCUCAAGAUUAAACAAAAGAUGAACAGGGAUGACGUCAUAAAAGUUUUGUCUGAAGGAGAAGGAAACAGUAGAUUGAUAGAUUCUGCAAGAAAUUUGUUAAGGAAUCAAAUUGGUAGUAAGGAUGAUAUAGCAGUUGGAAAUGUUAUAGAUAAAUUUAUAGCUCACCAAGAUAAUGAUAGUCAUACAUACAAGUAUUAUGAAGAAAAUGGAAGGGAAUGGGACCCUCAAGUAGAGUUGGAAGAGUUGAAGGAAUAUCAUAAGCAUGAUUCUCGAAGGAUCUUCAAGGGCGAGAAGACCACCAUCAAAUUGUAUCCAUUUAUGGUAUCCAUCCAUGUUAUGGGUAGAUUCUGGUGUGGUGGUUCUAUAUACUCCUCUGAUUUGAUACUCACUUCUGCUGCUUGUCUUCAGCUAUUGUACAAUAAUAGGUUUUUCCGUGAAAAUCCUGAGUCGUUGUUCGUAAGAGUUGGCAGCAACCAUAGCAGAAUAGGAGGAGAGAAGUUCGAAGCUCUUGAGGUUUACUUUCACCCAGGGUAUAACCCAAAAACGCUUCGCCACAAUAUAGCAGUCAUUCGUCUCGCCCGUCACAUCUUCUUCACUCGUCGUAGAGUUCCGAAAAAAAUAGAAAUUUCUCACAACGACAAAGGCGUACCUGUGACUUCGGAAGUACUAGUGCUUGGGUGGGGUGUUACGAAAAUAAGCCAGAAGCUACCGUAUCAACCGAUAUUUCUCAAUCGGAAAGUGUUGCCAGUUUAUCCGAAUGCUUUUUGCAAAGAGGUAUAUGGAAAGAAGUUUAUUACAAGACAAAUGUUUUGUGCGGGCACUUUUACAACUGGCGAAGGAGCAUGCGAUCAUGAUGCUGGUGGUCCAGCGAUCUUGGCGGGCAAGUUGGUCGGCAUAAUCUCGUUCGGGCCGGCGGUGUGCGGGUACCCUAACGCGCCCACGGUGUUCACGCUUGUCGGCGCGUACGCUGACUGGAUAGAGAGUAUAGAUGAAAGCAUGCCCUUAUUCUACGUGGGGAAGUCCGCAACGACUAAAGCACGGCGUACUUCAAAGACCAAUAAGAGAAGAAGAACUACCCACCCGGACGUCAGGUUGAAGGUCUCCACCGUCACUACAUACUCCGAUGUGGAGUCCAAUACUCCGGAGGCUGCUGAGGAGGAUCCUCCGUAUAAUCCGGAAGAAAAUACCUCAGGGGAAGGAUUGGCUAUUGAUAUGGAAUAAAAGAAUAUAAACAAUUUGGAAUUGCUACUCUGUCUAC